AUGAAGCCGCUCGCCAUCGUCCUGAAGGCCAUGGAUUCUUUGCCUCCGGUGCUAAAAGAGUUUCUCAGACCUGCCAGACACCCCAUGGGGCAGUGUUCGGGCCAAGCUCCAUGGGGGUCGAGGUUUCUGAGCCCCGUUGCCAAGACCCGUGCAAAAAACCCCCCAGAUCGGGAAGGAAAUAUCGGAUACCGCCGCGCAGGGAGGCCGAGGGCUCGCUUCAAGUGCCCGCGCGGGCUCGCGGCCCAUGAACCUACCUCGCGCCCGGCCCUUCUCCUCUCCCCCCUCGACUGCUUCGAGAAGCUCGAGCAGAUCGGCGAGGGCACCUACGGGCAGGUGUACAUGGCCAAGGAGACGGAGACAAACGAGAUCGUCGCCCUCAAGAAGAUCCGCAUGGACAACGAGCGCGAGGGCUUCCCCAUCACGGCGAUACGCGAGAUCAAGAUCCUCAAGAAGCUGCACCACCAGAACGUCAUCCAGCUCAAGGAGAUCGUCACCUCCCCAGGCCCGGAUCGAGACGAGCAAGGGAAGCCAAUCGACGGUAACAAGUAUAAGGGGAGCAUCUACAUGGUCUUCGAGUACAUGGACCACGACCUCACCGGGCUCGCCGACAGGCCCGGGAUGCGCUUCACCGUGCCGCAGAUCAAGUGCUACAUGAAGCAGCUGCUCACAGGCCUGCACUACUGCCACGUCAAUCAGGUGCUGCAUCGAGAUAUCAAAGGUUCGAACCUUUUGAUAGACAAUGAGGGUAACCUCAAGCUUGCUGAUUUUGGGCUUGCGAGGUCAUUCUCCAGUGACCACAAUGGCAACCUGACUAACCGUGUCAUCACAUUAUGGUAUAGACCUCCAGAAUUGCUUCUUGGAAGCACAAGGUAUGGUCCAGCUGUUGACAUGUGGUCUGUGGGCUGUAUUUUUGCCGAGCUUCUUAAUGGAAAGCCAAUCCUGCCAGGAAAGAAUGAGCCGGAGCAGCUGACCAAAAUUUUUGAGCUUUGUGGCACCCCUGACGAGUUAAUCUGGCCUGGUGUCACUAAGAUGCCAUGGUACAACAACUUCAAGCCUCCCCGAGUAUUGAAGAGAAAAGUUAAAGAUGCCUUUAAACAUUUUGACCGGCAUGCUCUGGACCUGUUGGAGAGGAUGUUAACUUUAGAUCCAUCACAGAGGAUACCAGCGAAGGAGGCACUUGAUGCAGAGUAUUUCUGGACUGAUCCUUUGCCAUGUGAUCCGAAAAGUUUGCCAUCAUAUGAAGCAUCACACGAAUUCCAGACUAAGAAAAAACGUCAGCAGCAGAGGCAAGCAGAGGAAGCUGCAAAGCGCCAAAAAAUAAAUCAUCCUCCCCCACAUUCUCGCUUGCCUCCGAUCCAGCAUCCAGGCCAAUCGCACCAGAUCAGACCUGGCCAUGCGCCACCUGUGGCAGG